UCUGGCGCGAUUUUUCUUUAAAAGGAAACCAGUAGAGUGAGAAACAAAAUCAAGAAUUUGAUAAUGGAAGAAGAAGUAGAAGGUGGAGUUGGAGGAGAGAGAUCUAGCUUUGUUAUCAGUCUCAUUGAAAAUCGCGCUAAAGAGGUUUCUCUCUCACUUGAAUUUAUUAUCUCUUUUAACUUUCUCUACUGAAGUUGUUCCAGCAAAUUUAAUAGAGUGAUUCUUCUUCUCUUCUUCGAUUCCUUAGGUUUUUGUAGUCAUAAUCCCGAUUUUCAGUGUUUGUGGAAUUUCCUUUGUUCAACGAAAUCAAAUUAGUUACUUAAUUCUUCAAUUUGGGAUUAGUAUAACAUCUUUGGUGAAAUUUGUUAAUUCUAUUGGUGAUUAAUGGCCAAACAACGCCUUUAAUUGGAAAUCUAAAUUUCAAAUCACAGGUAGGAGUGGCGGCAUUUGAUUUGAGAUCGGCAUCAUUGCAUCUUUCUCAGUAUAUAGAAACCAGUAGUUCAUAUCAGAACACCAAAACACUAUUGCAUUUUUAUGAUGCUAUGGUUAUAAUUGUGCCCUCAAACAAGUUUGCUCCUGAUGGUAUGAUUGGGGUUUCUGAAUUGGUGGAUAAAUUUUAUUCUACAACUAAGAAGGUUGUUAUGGCGCGUGGUUGUUUCGAUGACACGAAGGGUGCUUUGUUGGUUCAAAGCUUAGCAGCGAAAGAGCCGUCGGCACUUGGUUUGGAUACAUACUAUAAACAAUAUUAUCUAUGCUUAGCUGCUGCGGCUGCUACGAUCAAAUGGAUAGAGGCAGAGAAAGGAGUUAUUGUUACAAACCACUCAUUGAUGGUUACCUUCAAUGGCUCAUUUGACCAUGUGAAUAUUGAUGCUACUAGUGUUCAGAACUUGGAGAUAAUUGAGCCAUUAAAUUCAUCACUUUGGGGCACAAGCAACAAAAAGAGGAGUGUAUUUUAUAUGCUCAAGACAACAAGAACUAUUGGGGGGACUAGACUUCUUCGGGCAAAUCUUUUGCAGCCUUUGAAAGAUAUCGAGACCAUCAAUGCUCGACUUGACUGCUUGGAUGAAUUGAUGAGCAAUGAGGAGCUAUUCUUUGGACUUACUCAAGUUCUUCGUAAAUUUCCGAAGGAAACUGAUAGGGUUCUCUGUCAUUUUUGCUUCAAGCCAAAGAAAGUUACAAAUCAGGUGCUGAGCUAUGAUACUUCGAAGAAGAGUCAAGUGCUGAUAUCAAGCAUCAUUCUUCUUAAAACCGCGUUAGAGGCCUUGCCAUUACGAUCAAAGGUGCUCAAGGAUGCAAAAAGUUUUGUUCUUGGAAAUAUUUACAAGUCGAUCUUUGAAAAUAGAAAAUAUGCGUCCAUACGGAAAAGUAUAUGUGAUGUCAUUGAUGAAGAUGUACUUCAUGCCCGAGUUCCUUUUGUUGCCCGCACACAACAAUGUUUCGCUGUCAAGGCCGGAAUAGAUGGGCUUCUGGAUGUUGCACGUCGAUCCUUUUGUGAUACUAGCGAAGCGAUACAUAACCUAGCAAACAAAUAUCGUGAAGAUUUCCAUCUGCCAAAUUUGAAAAUUCCUUUCAACAACAGGCAAGGAUUUUACUUAAGCAUUCCGCGGAGGGACAUAAAUGGAAAUCUCCCUGGAAAAUUUAUUCAGCUCUUGAAACACGGGAACAACAUCCAUUGCUCGACUCUUGAACUUGCUUCUUUGAAUGUUCGAAACAAGUCUGCAGCAGCAGAGUGCUAUGUACGGACAGAACUAUGCCUGGAAGGAUUAGUAGAUGCCAUCAGGAAAGAUGUUUCUGUUCUUACACUACUUGCAGAAGUGUUUUGUCUUUUGGACAUGCUUGUGAAUUCAUUUGCCCAUACAAUAUCCACUAAGCCUGUUGAUCGGUACACUAGGCCAGAAUUUACAGUAGAGAACGGCCCAUUGGCGAUAGAUUCUGGAAGGCAUCCCAUCCUGGAAAGCAUACACAACGAUUUCAUUCCCAACAAUAUUUUCCUUUCUGAAGCAUCUAACAUGGUGAUCGUCAUGGGACCAAACAUGAGCGGGAAAAGUACUUAUCUCCAACAAAUUUGCCUUAUAGUCAUUCUUGCACAAAUUGGUUGCUAUGUUCCUGCCCGUUUUGCAUCUCUGAGAGUGGUUGACCGCAUAUUUACAUGGAUGGGAACAGGGGAUAGCCUCGAAUGCAACUCUAGCACGUUUAUGACAGAAAUGAGAGAGACGUCUUUCGUAAUGCAAAAUGUCUCUCCAAGGAGUCUGAUUGUUACGGAUGAACUUGGGCGUGCUACAUCGUCUGCUGAUGGAUUUGCCAUUACGUGGAGCUGUUGUGAGCAUCUAGUAUCAUUGAAAGCAUAUACUAUAUUUGCCACUCACAUGGAAAACCUAUCCGAGUUAUCAACCAUUUACCCGAAUGUGAAGAUUCUCCAUUUCGACGUCGAUGUCAAAAACAACCGCUUAGAUUUCAAGGAUGGCAUCAGACAUGUGCCACACUGUGGACUCUUAUUGGCUGGAAUUGCAGGGUUGCCUAGCUCUGUAAUUGAAACUGCAAGAAGCAUCACAUCAAAGAUAACAGAAAAGGAAGCAAGGAGGAUGGAAGUUAACUGCAUGGAGUAUAAUUCGAUUCAGAUGGUGUAUCGAAUUGCUCAAAGACUUAUUUGCUUGAAAUGCUCCAACCAAGAUGAGGAUUCUAUCCGAGAAGCAUUGCAGAAUCUGAAGGAAAGUUGCAUCGAGGAGAAGUUAUAAAUAGUUAGGGUUCUGACUUCUGAUGUAUAUCUUCAUUUUUGUUGUAAUGAUAUUUGAUAGUGGAUGGUCAAGAAACUGAAUAAUGUCCUCUUUAAUAGUCUUGAUUGAAAAAAUAAAAAAUAAAAUGUACAAUAUACAUCA